CGACAUUCUUACAUGCUUCGCACCAAUAUUCUGCACCCGCCAAGCCUUAUUUAGUCACCUCCUGAAGUGGAUGUUUUUGCCAGCGUGCUCGACAUCAGCGAGCUUCAGUCUAUUUCAACUCACUACCAAACUGACGACUAACUUCCCAUUUGUUCUUUAGUGCUAAACAUGUUCUUCGCUCGGCUAUCACAAUCCCGAAUUUCCCAUUUUAGACGGGGAAUUUCGCAACAUUAUGUGAUGCCAUCUAUAUCGCAGGCCAGCAAAGAGCCUCUCAGCCCGGGCACGAUGCUUAAGAGUGACUCUGGGCAGACCUAUAAGGUUGAAGAAGUCCUUGCUGACCAGAGAAAGCCUCUUUUAUGUGUUUACCGAGCGAGCUCCGAAGGAAAGAAUUACAUUAUGAAGAACAUGAUCCAAGGAGAAUUUGAGUAUCAACUCAAACUGCAGAAAGCACUGUCUACUUGUCCAAAUGUGCGAGCGGUUGUCGAUACGAUUCAAGAACUUGAAGUCUUCAUCUACCCAUUUUUGUCGAGAGAUUUGCUUCAUUUGAGCCAGAGAAAAUUAUCUAAAGCGACGAGGAGAUACAUUCUUCGAUGCGCCUUGCGUGGCAUUGCUGAUAUGCAUCAUAUGAACGUCUUGCACAACGAUAUCAAGCCUAAUAAUAUCCUUGUGGAUUACGAGGAAAGUCCUGGAGUUGGAAUGAUUAUUAAAAAUGUGCAAAUUUCCGACCUUGAGGAUACCGUCAUCGUGCCACCCGGGAAAUGGCUAACAGGCCCGCUUUGUGGCAAUGCGAUAUGGAGGAGCACUGAAAGUUGGUGUCGAUCUCGGCAAAACCAGGCAUCAGAUGUGUUUUCGUUUGGGAUUAUGAUGAUUUAUGUGAUGGUUAAUGAAAUGGUCUUCCGCGUCCGUGAUGACGAACUGAACUCAGCAAACUCGUGGCGCCAUAUACUGUGUCGGCAUAUAUCUUAUUUUGCGGAUGAAGACGGUCUGAAUGGACUCCUAGGGCAUAUAGGGGAAGAAAAUCCAUUCUACGAGCGCUUGCUGGAUCUUGCCAACAGCUUCGGUCACGGAAACCCCAGGCAGCCUUUUCAGCAUUGGAGCUAUGUGGAGCCAGAGUUAAGGGAUCUUGUGGGCAAGAUGACCCAUUUAGACCCAACGAAGAGGAUAACUGCGAGGGAGGCGCUCCAACACCAAUGGUUCAGCGAGACUGUAACUGGAGAUUUGUAGUGUAGGAUAUUCUAGAUUGAAGGAUACAAAUCUGAUAUUUCCGCACGUUUAAACUCGCUAGUCGAACAGAC